AUGCAGCAAGGAGAGCCUUCGGGCCCGCCGCCACCCACUGUUGCAGCAGCCGCAGUCCGCCUUCCACCGUACUGGGUCCGCAAUCAGCGAGUUUGGUUCCUGCAAGCGGAAUCACAAUUUCACCUCGCUGGGGUCACCACACAAGGUCGGAAGUACCACCACGUCGUCUCGGCUCCUUCACCAGCUGCCGCCGACGAAGUCUACGACGUUCUGGCAAAUCCCUGUCCAGCAACACCGUAUGACCAACUGAAGAAUGCUCUGCUCCAGGGCACCGAGGUUUCGGAACGUUCCCGCGUGCAGCAGCUUCUCUGGGCGGAAGAGCUCGGUGACCGGCGGCCAAGCCAGUUGCUGCGACGCAUGACCCAGCUUCUUGGAGAGCGCGCUAACAAUAUGGACGACGUAUUCCUCCGCGAGCUGUUCUUGCAAAGGCUACCUUCCAAUGUCCAGAUGGUUUUGGCAACAGCAACAACGUUGGACCUCACCGGACUUGCCGCGCCGGCCGACGCCGUGAUGGAGGUGACCACUCCAUCCGUCGCCAAUGUUACCGUGGCUCCACAGCAACCAACAGCCCUGUACUCUGCAUCGGCCGCCAACAGCCAGCCUCCCCAGGCCAACAUCGAGAAGCUUUGCCGACGUUUAGAGGAGAUCGUCGUCGCAGCUACACAAGGCCGCCUGGCAUCAGUCAACCAAAAGCUUGAUGUGCUCCUGAGCUUAAAGGAAAGCGUCGAUACCCUUCUAACACUACCUGCCAAGGUCGACGCUGUAUUGGCACUAAAGCCCACUGUGGAGUGGCUACAGACUACCGUAAAAGAAGUUGAGGAGUCUGUUACUUUUAUCAACGCGCAGUAUGACUCUAUGGUAGUGGAAGCUGCAGCUCAGAAACAACUAACACAGGACCUCAGAGCGGAAGUCGGGGCACUCUAG